CAGUUUGACAUUUUAUUUAUUUCUAUUUGCGUAACUUUGUCACUUUUCAAUCGAAAAUUGCUAAUACAAUUGUUUUCAUAAAUUUUCUUAAAACAUCCUUUAUAUUCUGCAGUUCCUCUUUAAUAAACGUAUUUUAGGCAAGUGGGUUUUUGUAAUUUGUGUUCAAUUCAUACGCCAUUCUCACAUGAUGGACAAUAACACAGAUCAUUCCGAAAACAAUUUUAGCCCUCUAUCAGUUCAAGAUGUAGACGUAGAUUUUUUGCCGAUUGUGUACGAAAUAAUCCGAAGUGUUGAGAGGGAUUUCCACGACAACUCCGCCAAAGCCAGGGAGUCUCAGGAAUGCAGUCAGAGGGUCCUGGAGUUGCAGAAAAAGCUUGAGAUCGCAAGGGCACAGAUCAAGAGACUUCCAGGUGUGGAUUACAACAAACAAGACCAGCUGAAACAGUUUGAGAUACUGCGGACCCAAUUGCGACUCAAGCGUGAACUCUUGCAGAAGUACCGGAACAUGUGCUCAUUUGAAACGUCAUUCAAGUGAUAACAAUGCCUCUACGUGCUCUGUUCAAAUACUUAGCUAAUAACGAACGUCUCGUGCAAAGGAUUGCAGAGUCAUAUCCUGUGAGGCGGGCGGCACAACUUGCUGUAGCGGUAUUUUAUAGAGGAAAGGAGAAACUAUCAGAAGUUGAUCCACAAAAAAUGAAUAGAUUCUUGUCAUUUCUAAGGAAAUUUAGCGAAAACAUGAAAGAGGGUAUACAGGAUGCAAAGAAACAGAUAAAAAAGUAAAUACCGUAAACUUAUUUGAUUGUGUACUAUAAGGUCUAGAGUUUCGUUAUAGUAAUUUAGUUUAAUGUUCUUAUUGAAUGAGACUUUGCUCAUGAAUGUUACAACUGGUCAGUCAAAUCCCCAACACCAGUGUUGUGUGCAAGCUCUGAAGUAUUACCACACCUUCUGAGCUUAUCUGUAGUCUUCAAACAAAUUAUGACGUAAUUUACACAUUAGUAGAUUUUUUAUACAAUGAAAUAUUUUGGCUUUGUUUACUACCACACAUGUCGUGACAUUGAGUAUCCACAAUGUUCUGAUAGAUAAAUAUGUAAAUAAAACAAUAAAUAUU